AUGAGCGCCGACAACCCUUUCGGCAGCGGUAGCGCCAGCCCUGGUGCCAGCGGAUCUUCUUCUUCUCGUGGCGCAGGCGGCCGACCUCAAUACAUGACCGUGGGAUCCGGCUCGACAUCUGAAAGCGCGGCGAGAUUGCAGGCGAUCCUCGACGAAGACUCUGGAUACGGCGGCAAACCGCACUGCGCUGGGACGGGCGAUCAACCAGACGGUGGAGACAAUGAAGAAGCUGCAGGAGAUCAACACCAAAUGGCCGGCACACUACCCUACCGCGUUGAAGAGAGCACCCGCGAUCUUGAAGAUCUGCCGCGACCUGGAAUGAUGAGGAGAGCGAACACUUCCCUCGCAGAGAGCCACUCUGCCGAAUCAAGUGAUGGAGGGCUUGCCACAAACCGAGAUCGUGCACUCUUUGGAAAAGAACUCGGUCGCAUCACUCCUGGACAACCAGAUCAACAACAGCAUUCGUCAUCUCUUCUCUCUCCGUGA